AUGUCCUUAUUUUGUGGUCCCCUGGUUCGUCUAGAGCGUGCCUUUCGCUUGGCUUCUGAUCACUUGGGUAUCCCCAUACUUGUUGAACCACGACAAUUACUGGAACCGUCGACCUGGAGUGACGAGCGAUGCAUGCUUACUAUUCUAGUCACUUGGUACCAUCGAAUGACCCGUGUACAGGCUCAUAGAAAACAGGCAGACAGGCUGGGAGGAGUCAUUGGUCGGGCUCUUGCCAUCCGUCGACGGAUUGGCACCUUUUCGCGUCGUCUUCAUCGCUGGCUUUGCUGGUUGCGGCAUGAGGGCAACCGCCUGGACCGUCUAAUCGCCACCAAAGGGGCCCACAUCGGCCGCAAUAAGGAUGAACAAAUAUGCGAUAAUAGCCGUGGCGAUGUUGCCAUAAGCGAAACAUGUCGCAAGCUACAGAUGACCGGAUAUGACACAAAAGAGUUGGAAAAGCUAACUAUAGGCGAAGAGAUGAGAUCUAUACGGCUCCGAUUUCAGGAGCUUUCUUCUUGGCGCCGGAAAGAGGUAUUUGCUCAACUAGUGGAGAAGGGUCAGAUCGAGGUACGCAAUGAUUUAAUGGGACUUUUUAUUCUCUACCACUUUAUUUAUUAA